AAUUAUUGAAGGAUGGGGAAGAGAGAGACUCUCCCUUUGGAGACCCAGGAGUGAGGGAGGUAGUCAGAUCAGACCUACAAGCUAUCUAACUUCACUGUGAGUCUGAUAUAUGGAGGAAGUUCCGAUUCCCAGCAAAUUUACUAGACGAGUAUCAGUCUGUGCAGAAACGUUUAACCCUGAUGAAGAAGAAGAUAAUGAUCCAAGGGUGGUUCACCCCAAAACCGACGAGCAGAGGUGCAGACUUCAGGAAGCCUGUAAAGACAUUCUGCUUUUCAAAAACCUGGAUCAGGAACAGCUUUCUCAAGUUCUGGACGCCAUGUUUGAAAAGAUAGUCAAAACUGACGAGCAUGUCAUUGACCAAGGAGAUGAUGGAGACAACUUUUAUGUCAUAGAAAGGGGAACCUAUGACAUUUUAGUAACAAAAGAUAAUCAAACACGAUCUGUUGGUCAGUAUGACAACCGUGGCAGUUUUGGAGAACUAGCCCUGAUGUACAAUACCCCGAGAGCUGCUACCAUUGUGGCCACCUCAGACGGCUCCCUUUGGGGAUUGGACCGGGUGACUUUUAGGAGAAUCAUAGUGAAGAACAAUGCAAAGAAGAGGAAGAUGUUCGAAUCGUUUAUUGAGUCUGUACCGCUCUUUAAAUCACUAGAGAUGUCAGAACGAAUGAAGAUUGUGGAUGUGAUCGGGGAAAAGAUCUAUAAGGAUGGAGAGCGAAUAAUCACUCAGGGUGAAAAGGCCGACAGCUUUUAUAUUAUAGAGUCUGGAGAAGUGAGCAUCUUGAUUAGAAGCAAGACUAAAACGAACAAGAACGGCGGGAACCAGGAGGUUGAGAUUGCCCACUGCCAUAAGGGGCAGUACUUUGGAGAACUUGCCCUGGUGACCAACAAACCAAGAGCUGCUUCUGCUUAUGCGGUUGGAGAUGUCAAAUGCUUAGUCAUGGAUGUUCAAGCAUUUGAGAGGCUUCUGGGCCCCUGCAUGGACAUCAUGAAGAGGAACAUCUCACAUUACGAAGAACAGCUGGUGAAGAUGUUUGGCUCCAACUUGGAUCUGUUGGACCCCGGGCAGUAGAUGUGAUGAAUCUCGGAGCCUUCUCAGUGUGAUACCAAAUCCUUCCAGUCAGCCACAAGAACACACCCAGAAAACAGACACGACAGAACUGCGCCUGCUGCUGUCUCUGCUGCUGCCAUCGCUGUGGUAAAGGGCACUUAGAAGUCUUGAAAGAUGGACAGAGGCUCUACCCACAUCCACCUUCCACUUUGCUUCUGAACGCCGUCAUUAGACCACUUAUGUCACGAUUACUCCAGCCCAGGUUUCACGUUUGGUUCAGAAUGGCAUGUCUCUCCAGCAAUUUAAGUGCCUGAUACAAAGUCCAAAGUGUAAACAUCCUUUCCUCUCUUGCUGCUAAUGUUGCUUCUGAAAGUUCUGAGGUCUGCAGAAACCUGUGGAAUAACACUCCACAGUCCUUCUCAAGGGAGGAAGUGGUAGAGCCUUCAGUCUCCUCACUUGUCCUUUGAGAAGGUCCACAGUGUGUUCACAAUUGCUGCUUUUCUCUCACAGUGGAAGGUGGUAGCAGUUAUACUGGAGUUCUGUGCCCCAGGGGCCCUAUACUUUUGCUGGAAGCUACACAUUAUAUAGCUGUGUCCAAGCUCCGGAAAAGGCCCCCUUGAAGGCCCAGCAGGUCCCUAGGAGCAGACGGUACUCAGACUCGCUUAGCAGGAAACGUGGAUCCAGCACUCUUGCCAGUGUAGCCAGGAAAGGUUAUCUGGGUCAGGGUUUUUGUUGUUUGUUUUUAGUAAGUUUUUUGUUUGUUUAACCUCUGUGCCGUUUACAUAAACAAAUUGCUAUCCAUUUCUAAGGAGCCGGGGGUGGCCGUUUAGCUCAGCUGGUCAGAGCACGGUGCUGAUAAGGAGCCAGGGUCUGGAAGUGUUAUUGCUUUAUCUGACCUAAGUACUUCCCUGAGUGGCCCCUGCCAUGACCCUGUCCCUGGCUGAUGGCAGAAACUACCCAGCCGGAGGUUGUGCUGCACAGAGAGCCCUUCCCUUGUAGCUUUAUUACACAGCGUGGCUACUAAUCCGCAGUUUUUAAACUCUUAAAAAAGAGGCUUUUUUUUUUUUUUUAAGGAAAUUUUUUCUCUAUUUAGAGAAUUCACCUUGGAUGUAUUCAUAUACAUGGAGUUUGUCCACUGACUCAGGCAUUUGUCCUAAAUAUCUGUUUUCAAAACUUGUAUCAUUGGGGUAGGGGUUGGGUGCAGCUCAGUGGCAAAGCUCGUAUAUAGCACAUGCAAGGCUCUGGGUUUGGUCUCCAGCACUAUAAUAGCCAUGGAAGACAGGUUAUCAUGCAUAAACAUGGAAUUACUGUGAAGGCCUUUCUAACUGUCUCGACUUUUGCCCUGGUCACUGUAGCCAAGAAAUGUCCAGAGUAGAUGGGUUGCCACAGUUUUGGGAAUUAAGUCACUUUUUCUUGUGUUUCAUGAAGCAAAAGCAGGACUCUUCAGACUGCUCUGAGUAGCCUACGUUACAGAUCUGGGGUUUGUCCAGCUGUAACUACUGUGAAGCAGGCAGCUAGCACUGGAAAACCCUCAUAGCAAUCCCGAAUCUUCCUAAGGUCCUUUUCUAUGGUAUCGCUUUAUUAAAUAAAUCAGACCUUGUACUUUGACAGAAUAAUACCUGAUUUCUUGCAAAGGUAAGAGGUGCAAUGGGCUCCAGGAGUAGCCCAAAAGUCCAGCCCCAGACCUUACAAGGACUCUAAACCCUCACCCCACCCUCCAUGCCAGCCUUGGUUAGGGUUGGCUGUGAAUCUCAUGCCAGAGUUAUUCCUGUAGGCUGCUAGGGGUAGGCCUUCUUAGCCUGCCCUCACACUUCAGUCUUGGCUUCAGAGUCCUCCUUGUCACCCUCCUGCCUCACUGACGGCUGCUCUUUCACAGAGAAGGCACCAAGUCCAAGUUCUGUAACUACUGAUUGAGUCUUCACUGCAGUGUGGCCCUGUGCCGGAGCACGUGUGGAUGGGGGCAUGGGAGAGGUACACGUGUCUGCAGGAGCUGGUGUGGCGAUGAAAGGCGACUGUCACCACAGCACCAGGCCCUGACAGUAUUCCAGUUCUCUUUGCAGCUUCAAGAAUCAGGUGACAGCAGAUUUUUCUCAAGGUUGCAGUGUUCUCCUUGUGCCAGGCAACUCCUACAGCAGAUAGCUAGGCCUCCUGGGAGGAGUAUCAAAAAAAUUCCUUUGCUCUCCUCUCUUCUGAGGGUUGGGGCUUCCCUCCCUUUUCCCUGGCUUUGCUAUUGACUUGGGAUGACAGAGAAUCCUCCUCAGAGCCUGGAGGUCCAACCGCAGUAUUUCCCUUCCUUUCUGGCCCCAGCUUAGCCUACUCACGCUCUUCUCCCGGUUGAAUUCUCUGCAGGACAGGCUCUUUAGGUCUUGUCCUCUGAGCUCAUAAUCUUAUUAAAGAAUUAUUUGUUUCUGAUCUAGAGUCUCAGAAAUCAGCAUUGAGCUUUUUCUUUCUUUGAGCAGUUUAGUAAGCAAAUUCAGCAGCAAAGUGGCAAAAGCAAAACAAAACAAAAAACAACUAAAAAAUCACAAGAGAAACCAACGCUCCAGUGGAGAGGUUCCGUCCACCCUGACUGCCCAGAUUGGCUGCUUGUGGUGGCAGAGCCACUGCGUGCUGCUGGUGUCCUGGCGCCCUGUGCACACAGCGUUCCGUGGCGUGUGGCAGCCCUCAUUUUAAAAAGAUGAAAGCAUUUUGCACAGAGAAAGAAAAGGACCCAUGAAUGUCAUCUUUUAUCUUUCUCAGUCAGUUGAUAUUGAAAUUUUUGUUUUUGAUAAUGCACUUGUAAACCAAUCUCACCAAGAUAUGGGUAGUUUUUGAUCUUUCACUACAAUUACCUCUCGUCUCUCUUGUCUUGACUGCUGACGUUCCUCUGUGAUUCUGAUGUCUAUUUUAUGGGGAGCAGCCUUCCCGUGGGUUUCCUAUUACACUCUGCAGGGCUAUCUUUAUAAAAAAAAAUUUAAAAAAGAGUGAAAAUUGUCACUCACCUCAUGGGGGAUUUGCAGAAAACCAUAUAGCCCACCUUGAGCAAAGGUUAGAUUCGUCGUUUUUUGUUGUUAUGUUUUAAAUUCAUUGUAAUAAUAAUUUUAAAAAAAAAAAAACCAAUUAAGCAUUAUUGUGCUACCUCAAAGGUAAAAAGAUUCUAUGGUUGUCUUUUGGUCCUGAGUUCUAUACAUGGUGUUUGAAAUUCUUUCAAUUGGAAUUAUUUUUUAAAUCAUUGGGGUGAAUCUAAUUUUAACCUGUUUUACACUUGUAUUUUAAUCUCAAAAGAAUAUAUGAUUGGAAAACAAACAAUUCUUGAUCUGUAGUCUUAAACGUAUAAUUAAAAGUCACUAGAAAUCAGUCAUCAUUUGCUGUAAACAAGGUUGGGUUGGUUUUUUGUUUGUUUUUUAAAGGAAACUCUAGGUCUCGGCUUCACUCUUGACUAAUAAAGGCUGACAAAUCAUGUCUGA